CUAAGAAUGAGAUUCAAAUCUGAACUCCUGGCAUUUUCCUGUUUGGGUUUGGUCCUAGCAGUGACGACUUUUAUUUUCCUCUGGAGCUGUAUUCUGUGGGGUUGUGCAAAGCCUGGGAACAGUGAGGGCAUUAGGACCAGGAGUGAGACGCAUGCCUGGCUCGGGCUGUGUCUGGCAGAGGGCUCUCAGCUGAGCACGGAGCUAUGUGUGAAAGGAAAUCAGGCACUGUCUGCCGGCUUCACAUCUGUUGAUCCGACCUGACUUGAAGCGUCCAAAGGAGGACGGCUGUCAGCUCUGCUGGACUGAGGACCCACCAUCUCUCCCCCAGACAUCGCGUAGCAACCUGACCAUUCAUGCAAGGGGGGAAACGAAACACAUGGGACUAAACACCUGAGCAGAAUGGAAAUAAUAAUUUUUUCCCAAGGAGAAACAGGGGGUGAAAGGGGGCAAACAAUUUAAUUUGAAGUCCCCGUGAAGGGGCUUUCAGAAGGCAAUUAAAGAAGUCCACUCAGAGAGGACCUGAAGUGGGACUUGGGUCCUGUGUCUUUCUGAUUCUAAGUGGAAGCCGGUCUUACACACGCUGUUGGCAAAGCCAAAUGGGAUAAAAGGAUCAGGUUAAGUGACGGGCAAAAUACUUCCAGGUGGAACCAGGAACCCAGGUUCUGCUGCAAGCUUGAAGGAACCUGGAGCAGGAGGAGAAAGCAAACUUGAACAUGACCUGUUGCUUUCGGCAAGUUCUAGCAAUAUGCUCCUAAGGAAGCGAUACAGGCAUGGACCAUGCAGGCUGCAAUUUCUGCUGCUCUUCCUGAUGCUGGGAUGCGUGCUGUUGAUGGUAGCCAUGCUGCACCCUCCCCCGCACGCCCUGCACCAGGCUGUCACACCCCGGGCCACCCAGCACAGCCCUGAAGCUGGGUACCGCUUGAACUUUGGGGAAUCCCAGGAAUGGGUGCUGGAGUCAGAAGAUGAGGGCCAGGAGUAUGGCCCCCUGGAGGACCUGCCGCCUUUUAUUUCGCUGAGGGAGGAUCAGCUCCUGGUGGCUGUGGUCUCACCCAGGGUCAGAAGGAACCAGAGCCAGGGCAGGAGAGGUGGCAGCUACCGAUUCAUCAAGCAGUCGAACAGGAAGCUGGACCACGAGUCCCUAGAGAGGGACUGGGGAGCCGAGGAGGAGGACGGGGAGGUAUCUGAAGAAGAUGAGCUGACCCCACUCGGCCUGGAGGAGGCGCUUAGCUCCCGCAUCCCCCUGCAGAGGGCGCUGCCCGAGGUACGGCAUCCGCUGUGUCUGCAGCAGCACCCUGACGACAACCUGCCCACAGCCAGCGUCAUCCUCUGUUUCCAUGACGAGGCCUGGUCCACCCUCCUGAGAACCGUACACAGCAUCCUGGACACAGCACCCAGGGCUUUCCUGAAGGAGAUCAUCCUCGUGGACGACCUCAGCCAGCAAGGACAGCUCAAGUCUGCUCUCAGCGAAUACGUGGCCAGGCUGGAGGGGGUGAAGUUGCUCAGGAGCAACAAGAGGCUGGGGGCCAUCAGGGCCCGGAUGCUGGGCGCCACCAGGGCCACUGGGGAUGUGCUGGUCUUCAUGGACUCUCACUGCGAGUGCCACCCAGGCUGGCUGGAACCCCUCCUCAGCAGAAUAGCUGGUGACAGGAGCCGGGUGUUGUCUCCAGUCAUAGAUGUGAUUGACUGGAAGACUUUCCAGUAUUACCCCUCCAAGGACAUGCAGCGCGGGGUGUUGGACUGGAAGCUGGAUUUCCACUGGGAGCCUUUGCCGGAGAGUGAAAGAAAGACUCUGCUGUCCCCCGUCAGUCCCAUCAGGAGCCCUGUGGUACCUGGCGGGGUUGUGGCUAUGGACAGACAUUACUUCCAAAACACUGGAGCUUAUGACCCUCUCAUGUCACUGCGGGGUGGCGAAAACCUCGAACUGUCUCUCAAGGCUUGGCUCUGCGGUGGCUCCGUUGAAAUCCUUCCCUGCUCUCGGGUGGGGCACAUCUACCAAAAGCAGGAUGCACACUCCCCCCUUGACCAGGAGGCGACCCUGCAGAACAAGGUUCGCAUUGCUGAGAUCUGGCUGGGCUCAUUCAAAGAAACCUUCUACAAGCACAGCCCAGAAGCCUUCUCCUUGAGCAAGGUGGAGAAGUUGGACUGCACAGAACGCCUGCAGCUGCAGAGGAGACUGGGUUGUCGGAUGUUCCACUGGUUUCUGGCCAACAUCUACCCUGAGUUGUACCCAUCUGAGCGCAGGCCCAGGUUCUCUGGAAAGCUCCACAACACUGGGCUUGGCUUCUGUGCAGACUGCCCGGCAGAAGGGGACAUCUUGGGCUGUGCCAUGAUGCUGGCUCCUUGCAGUGACAGCCGGCAACAACAGCACCUGGAGCACACCGGCAGGAAGGACAUCCACUUUGGCAGCCCGCAGCACCUGUGCUUCGAUGUCAGGCGCGAGCAGGUGAUUCUUCAGAACUGCACCGAGGAAGGUCCUGCCAUCCAUCAGCAGCACUGGGACUUCCAGGAGAAUGGAAUGAUUGUUCACAUUCUUUCUGGGAAAUGCAUGGAAGCUGUGGUGCAAGAAAACAAUAAAGAUUUGUACUUGCGCCAGUGUGAUGGAAAAGCUAGCCAGCUCUGGCGAUUUGACAAUGUCCACACUGUGGAUGAACGAUGAACGCCAGUGUAAGAAGGAAAAGAGAAGUUUGGCCAUCACAGUUCGGCCCCAAGGGAACUAAAAGAGCAUGUAUAUGUUAUAAAGCAGGCCCUGUUAUAUUUUUGUUCCUGGUGACAGUAGAGAGAAAGCUCCCUGAAUGAAUAUAGAAAAGUCCUUCCUUCUCACACCUAUUUGAUUGACUACUGGCUGUUUUAGCAAAAGAAAAAAAAAUGAAUUCAUUGCCUCAUUGUCUUCAUCACUGGUAGACAAUCAUCACAUAGUACAGAAGUCUUCGUUUUUUUUCCAUUGAGCAUGUAAUAAUUGCUUUUAUUUUUGACCAAGGAUAGAGGCCUGGGCAUUCUCCAGCAGCACCUUUAGGAUACAUACAUCCAGUUGAUCAAUUUAUUUCAAAUAGCCUUACCUUGGAUUGUCUGCAUAGCCAACCAUAAAAAUUCAAGUGUGAAGAGGACAUAAUGGCCAAAACUUUGGAUUAGCUUAUUUGGAUUAGCUUGUUCAUUGGUUGAGCCAUAGGUCCAAAAAAAAAAAAAAAAAAAAGGAAGGGAAUCUUCUCUAUUGAGAGAAGAACAGUGUUGGUGAGAAGAUGGAAGAGAGCUUUGGACCAACUCUCCAGGUCAGCCUAGCAGCUGAAUAGAGUCAGUAAUCCUGGGAUAGGAUGUUUUCAUGUUAAUGAGAAUUUCCUUAGAACUUUCUACCUCCAUUCGCCCUGCCCUUCUCUAGCUUGGUUAACCACAACCAGAUUCUCAUGCAAUAUAUUUAUCUCUAGUCAUUGGUGUUGGGAAGGGUCAGCUCAGACCGGGCAUUCCCAUUAACAAAAGUGUAUACAGUUGAGAAACUCUCCUGGUGCCCUGUUACAGGUUUUGUAUUGACAGAAAUAGCAAUCUUUGCAAAGAGACAAACCUCCCUGAGGGGAAAUGCCAACCUCUGAGCCAAAAUUCUUAUGAGAGGAAACAGAGUUGGGUGUUAAUGUUCAUGAAGGCUGACAGGUCCAUCUUCGAGCCUAUAGAAACUUUCUGGCACCCCUAAGUGUUCCCACAGGUUGAACGUGCUCAACUGUGGAAUGAACACACCUCCACAGAGCAGAGCCAAUGCUAACAAGAGCUGACUAGCUCUCCUUGCUGUGGCCCGGCUUAGUCUUUCUGACCAGUUUGCUGAGUGGGGUUGGUUCUGCUAUUCAGAAGACACUAUUCAUACCCAUUUCUCCUCCAGAUGGAGUUCACUCUUUACAUAGUCAGCUUAGAAACCGCCGCUCAAAGAUGCUGAUCUCCUUUGGGCUGUCUCAGAACUCAGUGUGUUUCUAAUGAGAAAAACUAGGUAGAAAAUGAGGGUUUCCAAACAAUACCUAUUAUAAUUAUGUGUUCCUUCUCCACUUACUUAAGUCAAUGACUCACUGCAUUUCUUCUUCCUCAGAAUACACUUUAGACCUAUGCUUGUAGCCACCAGUCACAUGUGGCUAUGUCAAUGUAAAUACAUUAAAAUUUUUAAAAGUUUAAACUCAGUUCCUUAGUUGUACUAGUCACAUUGCAAGUGUUCAAUAGCUACAUGUGGCUAGGGGCUACUGUACUAAAGAGCACAGGUAUAGAACAUUUCAUCAUUGCAAACAGUUUCAUUGGAUAGCACUGAUCUAGAUAGAGUCGUCUUCUCAUUGAGAGAAGAAAGUGCAGCCAUCUUCUCCCUUCAGAUCUGUCUAUAUUUAAAACAAUUUCUCUUAAUAAUCUGAGGUGGAAACAGCUAAAAAUUCUCAGACGACAACCUUGUAAAGGGUAUUAAUGGUUGAAAAAUAAAAAUUAAACAAGACCUCUAUUUUUUUAAAUGAACUUUUAUUAUUGGCAUUGUGGGUAUUUGAAAUUGCUGAA